AUGAAUCUCAUCAUCUUGCUAAUCCUUGUCAGCACUGUCACAGUAACGAUUGCCACACCAGGACGUCAUUCAGUUCGCGAACAUUCGAGACUCCGGAGAAUUUCUGUUUCUAGAGAACCUCCCUAUCCUCCAUCCAUCCAUACCUCAGAGGAAAAUGAUAUGAAGAAAAAUGUACAACCUGCAAAGUCUCCAACUGUUCCAACUCCAGUAGUAGAAGGCGUUCAGAAGCUCCCACCUCCGACUCCAAGCAAAUUCGAACGACAAUUGCGAGGUGCUAUCAAUAAACUUGUGAUACUUCUUGGUAUCCCUAUAGUUGUUGUAUUGAUAAUUGUUUCAUUCUUCCGAGCCCAGAAGUGGUAUGCUGAUCACAAUUUACGUCGAGAUAUUCGCCAGAUUUUUCUACAAGCUCAAAACCAACAACAAGUCCGAUUUAUCAGAAACAGUGUAAAUGAAGAGAACCCAAGCAGCUACUACAGUGAAACAAAAGAUGAAGAAGUCAUUCAGAUAAUUAAUUAA